GUCAGCAGAAAACAAUAAUAAACAAAAAGUUUUUGUUUUUUUAAUUAAUUUUUGAUAUUUAAACCACAAAAAUGGACAUUUUAAAGGCAGAAAUCGCAAAAAAGAGAAAAUUACUUGAGGAACAAAAAUUAGUGGACGAGAAGAAAAAAUACUUUAAACGUGGAGAACUAAUUGAACAGGAACGCAAAAGUUACUUAGAAAAGUACGGAGCUAAACCAGAAGAACCUUCCGAGGGCGAAAGUUCACAAAAAUCAACAAAUGUAGAAAGUCCCGAAAAAUCCUUCGACACCGUUUCAAAGUUAGCUGACCUGCCCCGAAGUGAAGUCAUUCGUAAAUUACGUGAACGCUGCGAACCUAUUUGGCUUUUUGGCGAAACCGAGCACGACGCAUGCAAACGUUUACGCCAACUCGAGAUCUCCGCCCCUGAAGUCAAUCGCGGUUUUCGCAACGAUUUCCAAGAAGCCAUGGAAGAAGUUGAUCAAGCCUACCUCAAAGAACUUCUUCAAUCUGAUGGUCAAUUGGAAAUUCAAAACAAGAAAAAGGAAGAAGAAUAUUCCAUCGACGAGUCUGUAACAAUGGAGACGAUCCAAGAAAUGGCGGGAAAAUUAGGGCGCGGAAACAGAGAUCACGAUUUGCACUGCAUCCAUACGUUACUUGAAUACCUCUUGAAAUUAUGGCAAGAUGAAUUCGACAAAGCAUCGUCUCAGGCAUCACGAACGACAAAGGGAAAAAUUGCACGAGCCACAUUCACCCAAACUCGAGUAUACCUGAAGCCCCUUUUGAGAAAGUUGAAGAACAAAACCUUGCCGGAGGAUAUUUUGGACAGUUUGACAGACAUUGUGAAGCAUUUAUUGCAACGAGAUUACCUGAAAGCCUCAGAUGCUUAUUUGACGAUGGCUAUUGGAAACGCCCCCUGGCCUAUUGGAGUCACUAUGGUUGGUAUUCACGCACGUACGGGACGAGAAAAGAUUUUUUCCAAAAACGUAGCUCAUGUGAUGAACGACGAGACUCAACGGAAAUACAUUCAGGGCCUGAAACGACUUAUGACAAAAUGUCAAGAAUUCUUUCCAACAGAUCCGAGCAAAUGUGUGGAGUAUGUUAGUAAAAAAGAUCUUGAACGAGACGCUAUGAUGUCGAAUUAAAAACUAAACUUUUAUAAG